UUUGCGGGGAAACCCAGAGCGCCCGCAAUUUUUGAAUUCGCACGAACGGCCAGUCUGGAGUGGGUGUAACCGUAGAAAUAAAAACGUGAAAUGCCAACGACUUCCAAAGAACAUUAAAAAGAGUCUAGAAUCCAAGAUCCAUUGGACAAUAAUAGCUAUUCUCUAUGAAAUUACACAAGAUUACAAUGAAACUGAAAAGCACUUGAAUAUCCUCAAGGAAAGGCUUCUGAAAUGUAUUGAAACUUUGGAAGUUCCUGUUGAUGAGCUGAAUUAUCUGAGCAAUGUACAAAAGGUUCUAAAAGAAGAAGAAAAAAAGUAUAUUUUAAUGGAAGAAGGAUUGAAGCAUCUGGAGGAAGAAAUAACCAAAGAUUUCUUAACAUUAAGUACGGUGGAUGAAAAAAUUCAAAUACUUCAGAAGAAAACAAAAGCAUUAAAACAUGAGCUGUCAACAUUAGAAGCAGAAGCAAAUGAGUUAUUUCAUAGAGAUGCUAAUCAUGACCUAGGUCUUCCUAGUCUUUCAAUGGAGUAUUUGAAACUACCUGCUCUUCAGAAUGAGGUUUUGAAGAUCGAAAACCCACACGCUCUUCUUUAUGACAUGAAUAUCAUUCAGCAAUCAGAUGAGAUGAAAAAUAUGAUGGCAUUUUUAGAACAAUUAUAUGAGAAGGCAGACCAUCAAUGUACAGAAGAACAAUGAAGUAGCCUGUAUCUUUAGUUCCUUUUGUCUUCCAAGGAAAUAUUUGAAAGAAAUAGUUUUCCUAACAUGAUUUGCAUUCUGCAAUUCUCCAGUGACAUUGUGGAAAUUUUGGAUGUAAUUAAGAAAAUAUAAUGUACGAUUUUAUUGGGGAAAAGAUAGGCUUUUCAGUAACGAACUAGUUCUUUUGACUGUAACUACCCUUAAGAUUUGAUGCCAAACUCUUCAUGUUGAUCAGACGACAAAAUAAAAGACUUUAAAAGUCUUUUGACCAGUAUUCCACAUAAGGCUACUUACUACUAUAUAGUACCAAACAGAAAAUUUCCCCUGGUUUGGGUUGUAGUUUCUUUUUGAAUAUGCUGAUGUAAUUUAGAUGUAAGCAGAUCUGCUGCUUGAGAAACUUGUACAAAUGCAGAUAACAACAUUUAAUUACUUCAUUGGCAAGCUGAUUUAAGCAUAAACAAGUUUUCACUGGAGACUUACGGCUCAGUUAAACUCGGAGUUAAUGAGGAACAAAUUUCUGGCUCUGAAAAAUAAAGGUAGGAGUUUAUUUUUCCCCUGCCUCCUGAAACUGGAUAUUUUGUGGAUGUGGGUAAAGAAUAUAAGCUGCUUACUUAGGAGGCUAAUGCUCCAGGAUUCUUAAAUAUGGUUUCUUUCUUUCACUCUGCUCCUUUAGCUGCAGAGUAUUAUACAGCAGGUUGAGGUUUUCUUUCUUCACUUGAAAUUGUAUCUGGGAAAAAGAGAAUAAGUGUCAAAACAACACAAGCUCUAUCAGCAUUAUUACUUUUUGGGAACCUAUAAUACUUCAAUUUCUAGAUCUUAUUUUUGUCUUUAGAAAUAGAUUAAUCAUUAUGUCAUUCUCUUAAAUUGUUGCUGAAUGAGUUGCUCACUUGGCCACCAAAGGUAAGUCUUUGCUCCUUCCAGAUGGUGGGUGGAAGAAAAUCUUUAAAGUGGAUAGCUUAUUGUCUUUGUUCUCCUUUUAGAUAUUAAACAAUAUCAUUGGUUGCUUGAAGUAUCCCAGUUAAUGCUGAACGUUAAGAUGUCCAAUCACAUCUAAUGUUAAGUUUAUUUCUAUAUUUAAAAAGACCAAUCUUGUAUAUAAUCAAGCAAUAGACCUGCUAUUGGCUCUUGACUGUCCUUUGAAAUAUAAUUGUUCUCAUGGAUAUUGAAAUUAAUACUUAAAAGUAGGAGAAGCCUAAAAAUCGAAGUAUUUUAAUUAUAGGGUAUCAUUCUUCACUCAGAUUACCAUUGAAAGAAAAUAAUACCUGAUUCUCCUUGGAUUUAAGAACAAGUUUAGGAUAAUUCUCUUUCUCAGGGUUGUGUUCCUCUCUGUUAAUUUUCAAGAGUUAUUCACUUUUGGAAAAUAAGACAAAUUACUGUAGUUGUCAUCUUGGCCUAGAUGUCUUUUUUCAUUUUUUUGAAACAGUUGUAUAUUUUAAAAAUAAACAUGCUUUUUUGAUGCAACCCUAACGAAUACUGUGUUGUCAGUGAGAUAUCUUUAUAAUUUAUUUACAUGUUUCUAUGAGGAAAACCUACUGUAGUCUGAUUCCCAGAGGUAAAGUUUUAUGUAUGGUUAUUACAUAAGGGACAUCAAAGCUUAAAUAAAAGAGGCAUGUUUGAGAGACAGAUUUUAGGCUAAAGUGUGUAAAUACAUCAUAUUGUAAAUCUACAUUUUCUAUAAUAGAAUAUUAUAUUUUAAUUUUUCAGUCUGUGUGAUGUGUUUGUAUUCUGCAAUGAUUUUGUAGCUCUCUGGGAUAAAGAUUUAAGUCACUAGUAUGUAGACUUAUGUAAAUUGUCAAGGACAAUUUGGCUGUAGCAGCUGUUUAUAAGAAACAGAAUAAUACUGCCUUAAAAUAAUCAAAAAAGAAGGUGUUUUCUGCUUAAUAGGGAAACUUGUAUUGCUUUUUUAAAUUUCAGUUUAGUUUAAAUAUAAAUGUUUUAACUAUAAAAAAUUUCUAUAGACAUGCAAUUACUUU